ACAUAUUGCGGUAGAACCUAAUUCCACCUGGCGUCAAAAACUGGGCCAACUAACCCUUGAUUGUGCCUGUACAUGUAUGGCGAUGACGUAAAAGAUCUCACAAUCUACCUACAUGAUUACUUUCAUUGACCAAAACUAAGACAUACAAGAAUUCCACAUGCCGAUCGAUCAGUCAGAUAUUUCCAUUUGGUUCAUUCACAAUGCCAAUUUCUAAGGAGAGUCUAGACUCAAAGCCCUCGUCGUGUUGUGGCAAGCUCAAAUCAGCCUGGUCGCUGAUCACGGUGGAACCCGCCGUUCUAUUGCUUACUAUCUCGUACGGCUUGUACAUGAUUGUGUCCUCAGAACUCUAUAUCACAAAGGUUUGCAAGGUCAAUUUGGCCCUUGGCGAUGAAAUCUGUGACAACAUUCAAGACCACAAUGAGGAGCAAGUUUUGGUCCAACGGUACGUUUCCAAGUUGAAUAUCUACAACCGGGUCCUGCAAGCUGUUCCAUCGUUCAUCUUUGCGGUGGUGGCGGGUCCAUGGUCCGAUGUUUAUGGUCGAAGGACUUUCCUCAUUUUGUCAAUCUCUGGCUUCGUGUUCAACAACGCGGUUUUCAUGUUGAAUAUCUACUUCUUCUACGAAUUGAAAGCAGAGUGGCUUUUGUUAGAGUGUCUUCAAGAUUGCACUGGAGGGACCAUCUUGUUCUACCUGACGGUCUAUGCUUAUAUAGCGGAUAUUACGGAUCCGUCGACUCGUACUAAGAGAAUGGCCUUCUUGAGUGGCCUUUGGCCGAUUGGUUCCAACAUUGGCAAGGCCUUAGGUGGAUUGAUAAAAAAUCAAUUGGGCUUUAUGUACAACUUCGCUAUUGGAAUGUUGGUGGCCCUCGUAGCUAUGCUCUACAUCGUGCUCUUUGUGAAGGAGACGGUCAAACCCAACACUCUAGAAGAGUACAAGACAUCAAAUGAUCCGAAACAAGUGAACAGACCCAAAGAACGAUCCCAAUCAUUGGGUGCCAGAAUAUCGUUCCUCUUUUCUCUGGAGAAUGUGAAAAAUGGGUUCUCGGCUCUCACACGUCCGCGAAAGCAUAAUAUGAGGGCGUAUAUAAUUCUAUUAUUGUUCGUGUUUCAAUUCAUGAUGUUCAAUUUUGUGGCCGACUAUACCAACCGAUAUUUGUUUCUCCGACGCUCCUUGGGCUUGAAUCUGGAGGAUUACACCCGUUAUUCGAUUGCCACGGGUGUCAUUGGGAUCAUCUCACAAUGCUUCUUGGUGCCGUUUCUCUCUGAGAAAAUGAAGAUCAGGGAUGCCACAAUAUCAUUCUACGACAUGUUUGCCUCAGCCAUCAAUUGCUUGAUCAUGGCCUUUGCCACCGAAGAGUGGAUGCUCUAUGUCGGUGCAGUAAUCAAUUGCUUGGACUCCUCAUCGUAUUCCGUCGUCCGAAGCAUGGUCACGAAAAUUGCUGAGCCCCACGAGACAGGUUCCCUUUUGGCUGUGUUCGGAUCGUUCCAAUCCAUAAUGCCAAUGAUUGCCACACCAGUUUUUGGAAUGCUCUAUCGCAGUACGGUGGCAAACUUUCCCCAACUUUAUCUCCUGAUUGUGGCUGGCUUCUUUCUGCUGAAUUCUGUUUGCUUGCUUUUUGUUCGUCAUGGCCUCAAAAAAUUGAACAAAAAAAUGGCCCAGGAUGAUGGCGUCAUUGGGGAGGAAAUCUUGGAAAUGGUGCCAACACCACUGAAAGCCAGGCCCAAGUCUUGGUACCCUGAGCGACCCCAUUCCCAAGCUGAGAAAGAUAGUGUGAUAUUGACCAAGAUCAUGAGUCAAUCUAUGGAUACCUUGACGUGAUUAAACGUGUUGUAAAUGACAAUUCCUUUUUGUGACCUACAUCAUCUGUUGGAAUGCUCCUAAUGCAUUUUUGGAGGGAUUGUAUGUUGGUCACUUGCCGUAAAAUGAUUCUAUAAUAAAGCGUGUUAAAAAACGUUUGGAAAUGUAUUGUCGAAAAUACGCUUUUUGUUUUUCAACUUGUACCAAUUGUCGCCCCAAGUCCGGAUAUGUUUCCAAAACGAUGAUCAAUACAUAUUGAAAGCAAUGUGGACUUUGAUCUGAAAAUCAACAGAGAUACU